AUGCCGCUGUCCUCCAAGCUAGAGCGUAGGAUACAGGCCGGAGAAGACUAUUCCGAUGAUGAGGAAUACUACGAGGUCACCGAUCGAUCGUCACCAUCCAUCAUCGACACGGGCGAAGGCGCAGACAUACUGAGCUCAGAUUCCGAAGACGAAGAAGGCUUGAAGGGAAACGAUGAAGAAGAGAGCGAUUCUCAUGAUCGAAUCCAACGCCAAAUAAGUAAGGUCUCCUUCGGAGCCCUCGCAAAAGCGCAAGAUGCGCUUGCCAGGAGGGAAAGUGGGAGUCGGAAGAGGAAGAGGGGUGAGGAUGCUUUAGCAGCGCAAGAAGACAAGCUGCAGGCUUUGCGGGAGAGAUUGAGGACUUUGAAGGCGGAGAAGUUGGUAAAAAGUGCUGGUUCGGACAAACCCUCCAAGAGCUCCGCAAAAUCGAACAAGAGGCACAAGGAAAAUGAGGCUGAGGAUGGCGACGAUGGGGACGACUCGUCCGACUCUGACGGCGCUCCACGUGCGCGAUCCAGCAAGCACGCCCCCGCGGUCCAGUCGAGCAAGCGCGCGGUAACGCGCAGACGCACGGUAGUGGAAGUCAAGAAGCCCACCUUUCGGGAUCCGCGCUUUGAUAACGCUGUCGCCGGAACUAAACCUGACGAUAACACGCUGAAGCAUCGGUACGGAUUUCUGGAGGAUUACAAGGAGUCGGAGAUGGCUGAGUUGCGUGCUGCGAUCAAGAAAACGAAGAACGAGGAUGACAAGGAGAAGCUGAAACGUAAACUGCUGUCCAUGGAGUCACAGAAGAAGGCGAGGGAGGCCAAGGAGAAGCAGCAGCAAAUCCUGUCAGAGCACAAGAAGAGGGAGAGGGAACUGAUCAAGCAGGGGAAACAGCCCUUCUAUCUGAAGAAGUCCGAGCAGAAGAAACUCGCACUUAUCGACCGGUUCCAGAACAUGAAGGCAAAGCAACGCGACAAGGUCAUCGAGCGCCGGCGCAAGAAGGUGGCAUCAAAAGAGCGGAAGAACAUGCCGGCGGCGAGACGCACGACAGAAAGGUUUUAA